AUGACUUCCUCUGUGGCAAAAGGCCGCGCGCUUGAACUCGAAAUUGUCAACAAAUUGAGGGAUGCGGGGGUUGAGUGCGAGCAUACUGGAGGGCCGGGCGACAUGGGAAUUGAUAUUAAAGGAGUUUCCUGCGACAUCCCAUUUGUUGUGCAAUGUAAGAAUUGGACUCGAAAGAAUAUAGGUAAAGGAGAUGAUCGAUGUCGUGGUGGUGCGUGGGAUACAGAUAAAACAUCGGUAUACGAUAUUGUUCUCACGGAUGAGACAAAUAUUGUAGAGGAUUUAUCAUUUAUAGUCGCUGAUAAGGAUUCAAAAUUAGUAAAUAUUAUAAGUGAAACCUACCCAGUUACUACUGAAGCAGAUAAUACAUGUGACUUGAUAAAUAAUGAUCAAGAUGCAAUUUCCGGUGACACUAAUGUUGAUGAUUGA